AUGGCUCUCAAACGAAUUAACAAGGAGUUGAUCGACUUGGGACGUGAUCCACCAUCUUCAUGUUCCGCUGGUCCUAUCAAUGACAACCUUUUCCAAUGGCAAGCUACUAUCAUGGGACCUGCCGAUUCCCCUUAUGCUGGCGGUGUCUUCUUCCUCUCUCUCACUUUCCCCACCGACUACCCCUUCAAACCUCCUAAGGUCCAAUUCACCACCAAAAUUUACCACCCCAAUAUCAAUGCCAACGGUUCCAUCUGUUUGGACAUUCUGCGAGACCAAUGGAGUCCCGCAUUGACCAUUUCAAAGGUUCUCCUUUCAAUCUGUUCAAUGUUGACUGACCCUAACCCCGAUGAUCCAUUGGUACCGGAGAUUGCUAACACCUACAAGACGGACCGACCUAGGUAUGAGGCCACAGCAAGGGAAUGGACUAGAAAGUGA